GAGUCAGCAAGGCUCGGCGCCAAGGUUGCACUGCUGGAUUAUGUCAACCCCACCCCGAAAGGUACCGUCUGGGGCCUGGGUGGCACAUGCGUCAAUGUCGGUUGCAUACCCAAGAAGCUGAUACAUCAAGCAGCCAUCCUCCGUAUGUUUUUACCUAUCAUAUCAACCACCAGUAAGACGGGUGUUGUCAAAAACAUCACUGCCAGGACCAUCGCCUUGGCAACAGGAGAACGACCGCGCUACCCGUCAAUUCCUGGCGCCAAGGAGUUCGGUAUCACCAGCGACGAUCUUUUCUCCCUGAGCUACAAACCCAAGAAGGCUCUACUCGUGGGUGCGAGUUAUGUGUCCCUUGAGUGUGCCGGCUUCCUACAUAGCAUCGGCGUUGACGUCACCGUAAUGGUGCGCUCUAUAUUCCUGCGUGGUUUUGACCAACAAAUGGCCGAAAUGAUUGGUGAACACAUGGGGAAGUCGGGCAUUCGUAUCCUUCGUCCCUGCAUUCCCACCGGGAUCAAGAAGAAGGAGUCCGUAGGCGGGGAGAAUCACGAACUGGAUCAAUAUGAAGUAUCUGGAGUCUUUCAGAACGAAUCAAAGCAGGUCUUUGUGGAGGACUUUGACACGGUUAUAUUUGCCAUAGGUCGUGACCCCUGCACCACCUCUAUGGGUCUCAGCAAUGUUGGAGUAAAACUUACUAAUUCGCAGUACAUUGAGACUGAUGAAGAGGAACGCACUAAUGUUCCAAACAUCUACGCUCUCGGUGACAUCAACGCUCGUGGUCUCAAGCUGACCCCGGUAGCCAUCCAGUCGGGAAAGCUCCUGGCCAGACGUCUCUACGCUGCUAACGAUGAGCUGGUGAGUAACCUCCAUUCUCGCUUACACCUUAAUGUUUUCGUUGCAUCCGCUUAUACCAAUUUCCUAAAUUUCGCCAACGCUGCCACGAUCAACGGACGUACCCCUUUUGCAUAA